AUGUCUACUGUCCUGGAGCUACAGUUCGUGGCGACUGAACACGCUAUAGGUAACUAUAUGAAGGGCUGGCGGAUGAAUGUAGACCAAAACAUAGACAUCGACGAUGUCAAACCCAUGAUCGCUGGCAAAGUCAACGAGGAACUGACCGAUCUGGGGAGCCUCAAAUUCCAAAUCACGGUGAAAAUGUGGCUUGAUAAACAGCAGGCGGACGGUAGCAGAGUGUACGUUAAGCCUUACUUCAGGGGAAGAGAAAACCAUCAGGAAAAGGCUGCGUACCGCCGCUCCCAUGCGUAUGACCCAAGCCGACCGAUACGGCCAUCACACUACAGUAAGCUCAGUGCCGGGGAGAGGUGUCCGUCUUUCAUUGAAACAAUAUCACUCUCCAAGAUGACAUGCCAGAACAGAUCAAUUUCUCUGACAACUUGGGAACAUUUUACAUUACAUGGUCCAAUGAUGAUGUUCAUGCUCCUCAUUCUGGUGGUUGGAAUAUUGGGAAACAUAUUGGUGUUGUAUAUAUAUACUCGGAAAAUAACAAUAGUCGUCUUUGGAUUCUUUGUCAAAAUACUGGCUGUUUUUGACCUGGCCUCUACUGUGGUAAGUGUCCCAGCAACGCUGAUUUCGGGACUUAUCUCCCCUGACGACAUUGAUGCCGGACAUAUGUGCAAGGUCAUGACAUUCGUGAAGCACUUCAGCACUCUUAAUUCUGGAAUAAUGUUCAUCAUCAUAGCAUUUCAAAGGUACAGGAAAGUAUGCCAACCACGGAAGACGCAGAUGUCAGAAAUGCUUGCGAAAAAGCUUUGCCUAACUUCAUUGUUUGUGUCUGCAGCUGCCAGCACGCCAAUCAUAUUUGUCAUUAGGGCCUAUGAUUUGGCUGUGAACUUGAUGUUCCUGAACUGUGCCAUCAAUCCAUUUGUGUACAGCUUCACUUCAUCUGUGUUCAGGAAGGAAUUUAAACGUGUUCUAUGUUUCUUUAAAUCUGGAGAGCAAACAUCCGCAGCACAGGGCUCCCAGCUUCAACGUCAGCUCACCGUUCCAGCAAGGUGA